UGCAACAGUCGGAUGGAAACAUGCAGGGCCUGAUGGCCAGUAGCUGGAGGAAGUUUGGCCACGCCGGCAGGGGGACGUAUGAGAGGUUAACGAGUGAACCAAGCCGACCUCUUCCAGAAACCCAGCUGCAGGGCACCCAGCAGAGAAGUUCCACCAAAGACGAUGUGGAGCCCUUCCUGUGCAUCCUUCUUCCAGUGACCAUCCUGCUCUUCCUGGCCUUCCUGCUGCUUUUCCUGUAUGGCCGCUGCAAAGCCCCCAGGCCCCGGGGGCAGGUGUUGAGCCCCGACCCCCCAGCGCGCCCCGCUGCAGGGGAGGCCACGGACUUCCUGCCCGGCUUCCCGCAGAGCGGCGAGCAGGACUUCUACUCCCCGCUGCCCUGGGAGGCAGGCCUGCCCCCCUCCUACGAGGAGGCCACCAGGAAUCUCCCUGGGGUGGAGGCUCUGGAGGCGGGCCGGACCCGUGAAAAGGGCUCCCCUGGCCAGGAGGGGCAAAUAGAAACUGCUGGUGGGAACCAUUUGAAGCACAGCUCGCCUCCCCUCCCGGAGCCCACCCGGCACCCGGCACACUCCUGGAUGAAUGGGCGCCAAGCUUGA